AUGAACCCAAUCGAUCCUGAAAACGGUUCUGGAAGGCUCGAUGCGACUCAGCAGGACGUAGGACGGAGGCAAGGGGUUUUAGCUUCGAAGAAUAGCAGCGAAGUGACGAAUCUUUUCAGUAGUACAGUUGUUGAUAACGAAUCUUCGUCGUACAGCAGGACAUGUAGUAACUCUGAUCUUGAUACUGCUACAGUUCCUGAACGAACGAUUAUGAGGACCGAUAGUAUAUCUCUUGGUGGCGUAGACAACGGAAAUGUUUCUAGGGAAGAGUUGAAUUUCCGUUGUGGUGAAGAAGAAACCUCUUUGUCUAGAAAACAAAAAAAAAAUUCUUUUCUCGUAAAACUGGAUCAACUCGUUGCAACCGUUAUUCCUCCUGGAGGAGUGCGCGCAAGCGCCUUUAACCUGGCGGCAUGCUCAGUCGGCGCCGGCAUCCUUGGCCUGCCCGCCGCGACGAACAAGAGUGGACUUGUGAUGGCGCUGUUGUACCAUAUUGUUAUCACGUUUUUCACCAUCUACUCGAUGAACGCCCUCGGUGUGGCGGCGCAGCGGACGCAGAUACGCACUUUUGAGGGUGUUGCACGGGCGUUGCUGGGCCGCUGGUGUGCAUAUCUUGCUGCUGCGGUGCGCGCGAUACAGUCCCUGAGCGGAUGUGUGGCGUACGUGAUCAGCGUGGGGGAUAUCUUCUCCACCAUCAUAAAGCACACCCCCAGCGCGCCAGAGUUCCUGAGGUCCACGGCUGGGAACCGACUGCUGACAGUCGGUGUGUGG